CUUGACAAUUGCUUUCCUGCACAUUUCACUUCCAUCCCUACCAUCAACGUUUGCUCAUCAUGAGCAGUCAAGCGUCUUCCUCUCGCGCGCAGCCACGCACAUACAACGCGCUGCGCCCUCUCAACAUCUCUCACGGGGUGCUGCCCCUCUCCCACUCCACAGGCAGCACCUCCUUCUCGCUGGGCCACUCCCAAUCCUCCCUCGCCUCAGUCCAAGGACCCAUCGAGGUGCGCAUACGCGAUGAGCUCACCGAUCAGGCAACACUGCAAUGCACUGCCAUCCCUCUGAGGGGUCAACAAGGCGUGGCCGCAAACAGCUUUGCGGUAGGCACGCUCCAGAAGGCGCUGAGCAGCGUAGUAUUACUGCAUCGCUACCCACGCAGCUUGAUUCAGGUGACGGUCCAGACUACGGAUGAGGCCAAAGCCUCCACGCCUCUGGGGUGGGAUCGUGCUCAGUCUUCCGCUGGGAGGAAGAGCAUUCGACCGCGUAGGCCGCAUCCCGAUGCUAGCUGGACAAUGGCUGAACGUGCUACGAGCGUAAAUGCUGCGGGUCUGGCUCUCAUUCAGGCCGGAAUCAGCUGUUCGGCCACCAUAUGCGCUGUGAGCGUGGCGGUGGUACCGAGGAAGGUGGCCAGGCUGACGAGGAAAGGGAAAGGAAGAGCAACAGCCGCAUCUGGGGCAAUGGACGAGGAUGGGAGCGAUAGCGAGGAUGGCAACGAGGCGGCGCAAAUUAUUCUCGUCGACCCGGAUACGUUUGAGGAGGAGCAAGCAGCGAGCGUGCAUCUCUUUGCCUUUGCAAUGGCGGGUCAGGUGGUGAGCUGCGAUGAUGGACAACUCAAGGGGGAGCCGGAAGCGCGGUUGAUCUUGGUGGAGAGCGAAGGCGGCAAGGUGGAUUCGAGGUUGGUGAGUAGCGCUGCAGCAACGAGCAAGAGGGGAGCUCUACAGCCGCUGAUAAUCUCACGUAUCGCCUCCUCCCCAUCCUUGCAGUACCUCGAAGCCAUUCGUCGCGCACGAUCAGCGGCAGUCGGCAAAAUCCACCCAGCGAUCAGACAAUCCUUCGACGAGCAGUUGCUAGGUAGCGGCAAGCAAGGCGACGCUGACGGAGAUGUCGUGAUGUAGACCAAAAUCGCAAUUGCAGCCCAAUCGCAUAGAUCCUCGCAUCGCUCGUCUCUGCUGCCCAUCUACUUCUUGGCCCCCGUACCAUUGACGGCCUGCCACUGGCUGUACA